UGUGUGGCCAGGCUAAAAGCGAACAAGACGUCAACAUACUGACCAUUGCUGGGAGACGACACAUACUAUGACAUUGACAUCGUUGGGACGAAAUCAUCUUAUACAACGGUGGUCUACGAUUUUUCUUCAUACUCCUCAUUUGACAAGAAUACCUUUUUUCACUCGAAUGAAUUAUAGCAAAGACGUUGUAGAUGCUAGUGAACCUUCUUCCCCCUCCAAGAAGUCAAGGAUAGAAGGAGGAUCCCUUCUUCGCUUCGCUAAACUCUCAGAACACGCCACUGCACCCAGCAGAGGCUCUGCAAAAGCUGCUGGAUAUGACUUGUACAGUGCAUAUGAUUAUUCUAUUGGUCCUCUGGACAAGGCCAUAGUGAAGACUGACAUCCAGAUAGCAGUCCCUCAUGGCUGCUAUGGAAGAGUAGCGCCAAGAUCAGGACUAGCAGCCAAACACUUCAUUGAUGUUGGAGCUGGAGUUGUGGAUGAGGACUAUAGAGGAAAUGUCGGCGUUGUGCUCUUUAACUUUGGCAAAGAGACUUUUGAAGUGAAAAAAGGGGAUCGAGUUGCUCAGCUGGUGUGUGAGAGAAUCUGCUACCCAGACUUAGUGGAGCUGAAGACACUUGAUGACACGGAACGUGGAGCUGGUGGGUUUGGAUCAACCGGAUCUAAUUGAAGCUUGAUUGUUAUUGUGAAAUUGGAGUUAUAAUAAAAUGCUUUGUUAGCACGGUA